AUGGGGGUAAAGAGGGGCGCACGCUGUCCGCACCCUGACAUCUCGAGUACUUUCUUUACGAAGAGAUCUGCUGCUUGUGGAGGCUCAGCGGCGCCGGACUGGAAGGCAGACAAAGUGACGCUGCAGCGCUACCGAGAUGCUUCUGCUGAGGUGCUGUCGCUGUUAUUGGACUACUGCCAACUAAUAGAGAAGGCAUCAGUCGAUGAAGUGUAUGCAGAUCUAACCCCUCACGCUGCUGCCCUUGUCUUCUCUCUCUUAAAUGAGGGGCCCCCCUCAGACGCAGAGGAUGGGGAGGGGGCCCCCCGCCGCUCUCCUCCGGGGGGUCCCCCAGUACCUUCUCCUACCACUCAGGGGCCCCCGGGGGUUGCCCCCAGCGCUUCGCAUCAUAUAGAGAGGGGGGCCCCUGAGGGGGCCCCUAAGGGGGCCCCUGAGGAAGCCCCUGUGGGGGCCCCAGUGGGGGCCCCUGAGGGCCCCCCAAGAUGCAUUCCUGAAGGAGUUCAAGGGGGGGCCCCCGAAGGGGCCCCUAAGGGGCCCCCUCAGCAGCCUCUUAAAGUUACACCUGGAGGCCCCCUUGAGGGGGCCCUUGAAGAAGGGCACUGUGGAGGGGGCCCCUCUGUCUCUAGUAGUUCGUCUGGCCGUCCUCUGUGUUCAGAUGGGGGGCCCCCGCAAAGCGAUGUUAAUAUUACUUCUGUCUCUCCUCAAUGUAAGAAUGAAGUAGAAGGGGGCCCCUCAGCUUCUUUUUUGAAGGGUACAGGAGGACUAGACUCAGGCGAGGGGGCCCCCCGGGGCCCCCAACCUUCUGAUGCGUCUCCUCCUCCUGAAGGCUCUUCUUCAGGGCCCUCUCCUCCUGGAGGGGGCCCCCCUGGGGGCACCCAGGGGCCCUCAAAGUGUCCCUGUUGUGCGUUCACCUCUGAAGGCUCUGCUUGGUGCUGCUGCAGCGGGAGCCCCCGUGAGGGGGUGAGGGGCCCCCAUGGGGGCCCCCACGGGGGCCCCCAGCCCCCCGGGGGUAGAAGGGGGGGCCCCUCUUCUUCGGGUUGUUUGUUUCCUGUGUUAGCAGACACCUCGGUGCUGCCUUCAAUUGAGGAGCAGCAGAAGCUGCUGCCGAUGCUGCGGAGGAGGCUGCUGCGCCGCUUUGGGCUUAGAGACCCGCAGGUGAUGCAUCAGACUGCUGCAGCAGCAAGAAGGAGGCCCCCACAUAGUACGCCCAUACCCAACAACCCCCAGCAGCAGCAGCAGCAGCAGCAGCAGCAGCAGCAACAGCAGACACAAGGAGCAGCCUCUAUAGACCGCAGUACCCACGCUGCAGCAGCAGCAUCAGGUCCUGAGGGGCCCCCCGCAGAGGGGCCCCCUACUUCAUCGUCUCCUGUUCGUGAUGCGGCUUCGGGUGCAGCAGCAAGGGGGGCCCCCCUUGCUGCUUCUCCUUAUCGUCAGGGUAUUGUUUCGGGGGCCCCAUCUGUGGGGCCCCCAGGUAGGGGUGAUGAAGCAGGGGGGGGGCCCCUCUCCUCCUCGUCUUCAGGGCCCCCUAAUGUAGGCUGUACAUACAGCGAAGUGCUGAAGGAAGACGACUGGACAGCGCAGAGCCUUUGGCUGGUUUGCGGCGCUGUCUUUGUCUCUUUUCUUCGUUGUCAAGUUAAAAAGAAACUACAAUUUACAAUGAGCGGGGCAAUUGCCCACAAUAAAUUUCUGAGCAAAGUUUGUUCGUCUCAUUUCAAGCCAAACCGACAAGUAAUAAUGCCGGCUAUAAAUGUUUCUUUAUUUCUGUCGGGCUUUAAUCUAAGAAAGCUGCCGGGUAUGGGCGGUAAAAGAGGUUUAUAUAUUUCGUCUCGCUUCCCAGGGCUGCCUUUUGUUUCUCAACUGCAACAACUCUCACUACAACAACUUACAGAUAAACUAGGGCCUCAUGAAGCACGCUUCUUAUUUAAUCUUAUACGGGGCUGCCCCGAAGGCAGCGACAGUGUGCAGACUAAUGUACGGGUGAAGUCUAUGCUGGCUUAUAAGUCUCUUGAGGCCCCGGGGGCCCCCCCUGGGGGCCCCCUUCUCUUUAAGUGGUUGCAUACGCUUAGCAAGGAGUUAGCAGAGAGAGCAGCAGAAGACUACAGGCGUUACUCUCGCGUUCCUAAAACUCUGACACUUCAUUACUGUUCGGGGCCCCCAGCAAACCAGCGGUUUAGCCGCUCCUGUCAGGUGCCCUACAGCAGCAGCGGCGUUAUGAGUGGGCCCCCACAGGAGCAGCAGCUGCUGCUGCUGGCGCUGCAGCAGCUAAAGCGUCUGCAGCAGGAGCAGCAAACAAGGGGGGCCCCCCUGCUUCCUUGUCUUAGAGUAGCUCUUGCUGUCGGAGACUUCAUAGAGGCCCUUCCAGGGGCUGGGGGCCCCCAGGGACACCGCGGAGGCAUUAAAUCUAUUGCGGGAUUCUUCCCUCAAACAGCUAAGGCUGGGGGGCCCCCAGGGGCCCCUCAAAGGGUCUCCGCUGAAGGGGGGGGCCCCCCCCAGACUCCUAUUGCGGGACGCUCAGGGGCCCCUGCUAUCGAAGAUAAUGGGGGAAGGCCCCAAGACAGCUCAGGGGGCCCUAAGGGCCCUGAGGCCCCUGGGGGCCCUGGGGGCGCUGGGGCCCCUGGGGGCCCUGGGGGCCCUCAGACCCCUGAGGCCCCUGGGGGCCCUGGGGGCCCUCAGACCCCUGAGGCCCCUGGGGGCCCUAGGGGUCCUGAGAUCCCUGAGGCCCCUGAAGGCCCUGGGGGCCCCAAGGGCCCUCAGGCCCCUGAAGGCCCUGGGGGCACCGGGGGCCCUGAGGCCCCUGGGGGCCCUGAAGAGCUUGGGGGCCCCCUACUUGAAGAGAAGGGCCCCCAGACAGGAGACCCCUCAAAUGCGGGUUUAGAAGAUUGCGUCUGUGAAGACAAAGUGGAGGGAAUGAGAGAAGGGGCCCCCAUGGACUGCAUGAGAACGGAGGGGGGGCCCCCUGCGGGCCCCCCUGGGCUCCCUGGGGGCCCCCCCGAGUCCCCUGGGGGCCCCCCUGAUUCCCCUGGGGGCCCUCCAGAGUCGCCUGGGGGGCCCCCUGGGGCCCCGGGGGGCCCCCUAAACCCCUUAGGAGAUGGGUGUAUUUGUGUCUCCUCGCAGGGAGAGCAGGGAGGAGACUCUGAUGAAGAUGUUGAGGUAGUGGAGGUAAUUGAUGUCUCUAAUGAUGCAGAUUCACGUGUGAGCUGCAUAGCGAAAGUCAGCGCACGACGGCGGCUGCAGCAGGUACAGUGGUGA